AAUUAUUUGUGAUAAAUAUUUGUAGCUGCCGGUCAUUUCUCUCUCUCUCUCUCCCUCCCUCUAAGCAAACUAAAACACAACAAGAAAAGCUAUGGCUGGUAUGCUUCCUGGAGUUGAGUGCGCGAGGAGGCGGCGCUUCCACGGCGGUGCUUCACCGAUUGACUUAUCCAACACGGUUUCUGUGGCGGCAGCGACAGGACAGGUAUGGACUCGGCGACCAUCGUUCUCUCUCUACACUACCAGUCACGAGUGUCACCAAGCCUAUGUCUCCUUCUCGGAUAGAAAUGUUAGCAACAAAUCGUACGGUGAUGAUAACGAUGAGAAGCUCUUCGGAGCAGCCAAAGAAGCUAAGGAGAGGCUGGACAAGCGGCUGAGGAACCCGCGAAGAAGGUUCGGUUUGGUUAAACUAGCGUAUGGUAGCAAAUGAAGUACUAAUUCACCUUAAAAUGCGCCGAACCAGCUCAAGUCUUUUGCUUUUAUUCCAUGAUAAUGAUGCAUGAUGAUGUAUUAUUUACUUUCAACAUGUGGUAUCACAUGAGCAUAUAAUUGUGAGAUUGCCUUUUGUCGGACAAUUAUUUUAUCCCUUUAAAUAUUAAACCACUUUAUCAGCUAA